AUGGCCGACUCCGCAGCAUCCACCCCCGACGGCGAACUCAGCGACACUCCCUUCGACAGCCCGUCGCCGUCCUCUCCCGCCUCCCCCUCGAGCCCUACCUCCACUGCCCCCUCCUCGCUCAAUGUUCCCUCCGAGCGCCCCCCCGCGCGCUCCGCCUCGACGACCGGCGCCACCGCCAACAUGACGCCUUCUUCCACCCCGCUAGGCAACAUCAAUGCUGCCAGGAAUCCCCGUGGAAAUGCCCCCACCAUCUCCAGCAGAGGCAGCGGCCUCAACGUCUCGCAGGACAUUUUGGCGAGGAUACAAGCGGUGCAUCUGGGCCGGCAAGGUGCCCCACCAGCGGGCGCAGCAGGACGAGGGGCAGGCAUGCCUCAAAGCCCAGGGCCGUCUGCUGGCCCACCGAGCAACCUGUCACCGAGAGGCGGUCCUAUGAUGUCAAGCGGUGUGCCCGCUGCUUUCCGCAUGCCUGGAGCGAAGCCCCCUAUGCCCAGCUUCCAGUCGGCGCCUGCCAUCCCUGGCCGUGCUGGACCUGCACCUAAGCUGUCCAUGGCCGAAAGACGCGGCGCACCCAAGCUAGGCGGUCUGCCUGGUGCGGCACCUGCUGCCGGUGCUCCUGCUGGUAAGAAGCGACCGGGCCUCACCCUCUCACAGAUGAACGGAGGCGCGCCGGACGCAGAGCCCAAGAAGCAAGAAACCGCGUUGGACAAGUACUCGGAUUUCAUCGACACCAAGACCGGUAGCCUUAAGUUUGCAGGCAAGGCUGUCCUGAAUCCAGACGGUGUUCAGUUCGCAAAUGGCACAUCCUUCAACAUCUCACUUGACGAGGUCGAUACGCUUGACGAGCUCGGAAAGGGCAACUACGGCACGGUGUACAAAGUACGGCACGCAAGACCGCGCAUGAGGAAGCCCGGCCAAGGCCUGGCUGGAAACAAGGCCGCGCCAGGCUCUCCAUCGCGGAAAGACUUCAGCGAAGAAGCCAGUCCCACGACCGCCAAGUCCUCAGGAGGCACUGGCAUCGUAAUGGCCAUGAAGGAAGUUAGGCUAGAGCUGGACGACUCGAAAUUCGCUGCCAUCAUCAUGGAGCUGGACGUCCUCCAUCGUUGCGUAUCGCCCUACAUUGUUGAUUUUUACGGCGCCUUCUUCCAAGAGGGUGCUGUAUAUAUUUGCAUGGAGUUUAUGGAUGGUGGGUCGAUAGACAAACUCUACGGCGACGGUGUACCCGAGAACGUUCUGCGUAAGAUCACGUUGGCGACGACAAUGGGACUGAAGUCGUUGAAGGACGAGCACAACAUCAUUCACCGCGAUGUCAAGCCCACCAACAUUCUCAUGAACACGAGGGGCCAGAUCAAGAUCUGUGAUUUUGGUGUCAGUGGUAACCUGGUUGCAAGUAUAGCCAAGACCAAUAUUGGAUGUCAGAGUUAUAUGGCCCCGGAGCGCAUCUCAUCAGGCGGCGUUGCUCAGGCGGGCGCCAAUCCUGGAGGUGGCACCUACAGCGUCCAGAGUGAUAUCUGGAGCUUAGGUCUUACCAUCAUCGAGUGUGCGCUGGGUCGCUACCCGUAUCCACCGGAGACAUACAACAACAUCUUCAGUCAGCUUAGCGCGAUUGUUGAUGGCGAGCCUCCGGAUCUGCCCGAGGAAGGCUACAGCGAAGCUGCCCGAAACUUUGUACGUGGCUGUCUGAACAAGAUUCCCAAGCUGCGACCAACCUAUGCCAUGCUUCUCAACCAUGUUUGGCUUGCGCCGAUGACAAAGCCGGACACAAUUACCGAGGAAGACGAAGAUGAAGUUGCCGCAGCAGAGGCGGCAGAAGGUGGUGCGGCGGCUGGCGACCAGGGCCCUGCUGAGCCAAGCGACGACGUUGUCGAUAAGGAGGUUGCAGACUGGGUCAAGGACGCAAUCGACAAGCGCAAGAGGGGCGUCUUGGGCAAGGCGCCCAAACCUGCGUUACACGCUGCGCCUCUGGAUGCCGUAUCAAGCCCAUCGCAAGACGGCGUGAAUGGCUUGGAGGCUGCAGGCGCACCCGCAGCGACAACAACUUGA